AGAAGUGUCCACAUCAUUAGUUAGGUUAUGUCAAAAACGUCAUCUUAUAAUCUUUUCCACAUAAACUUUUUUCAUGUUAUUGCAGUUCAUGGGUUUAAUAUUAUGAUAUUCAAGAGAAUUUGAAUCAUACAAAUAGGGAUAUACACAAAAUUCAAAAAAAUGAGAUUUUGGAUAAUUAUUUUAAUAGUAGAAUUCUGCCAAAUUUGUAUAGCAACGGAAUUAACUUUCGAAUUACCCGAUAGUGCCAAAGAAUGUUUUCAUGAAGAAAUAAAAGCAAAUACAAGUUGUACAUUAGAAUACCAGGUUGUUACUGGUGGUCAAUAUGAUGUUGAUGUAGUUUUAGAAGAUCCUAAAGGAAAUGUGUUGUACAAGCAAGUUCGAAUGCAAUUUGAUACACAUACAUUCAUUGCUCAAGUGCAUGGUAUAUAUAAAGUAUGUUUCAGUAAUGAAUUUUCCACUUUCUCACAUAAACUUGUAUAUAUGGACUUCCAAGUAGGAGAUGAACAGCCUUUGCCAGGAAUUGGUGAUCAUGCAACUGUAUUAACUCAGAUGGAAUCUUCUACUCAAGAAAUACAUAAAGCUUUGAAUACAAUGUUAGACUACCAAACACACCAUAGGCUUAGAGAAGCACAAGGAAGAAAACGGGCAGAAGAAUUGAAUGAAAGAGUUUUGUGGUGGUCAAUUAUGGAAACAUUGGCAGUUUUAACAAUUGCUUUUGGGCAAGUUUUUGUUCUAAAGAACUUUUUCACUGAGAAGAAGCCUUAUGCACCAUAUAAAUAAAUUUGAACUGUGUACAGUAGUUUUGUUCAAAAUACUUCAUAGGAUAUCUUGUAAAUAUUUGUAAGGAAUUACAAAUACAAUAAAGUUUUUCUUGAAUAAAAAAAAUCGUCGCGGACACGGCAAUAUUUGCUAUCUCAGUUUUACUCA